UAUGAAGAUCCGUAUACGCUACAGAUGCUUGAGUUCUGGGAGUGCGUGCUUAAUGGUAAGGUGGUGAAGACAUCGGCUGAGGAUUCGGUGAAGGAGCUUGAUCUUUGCAACACAGUGCUCCAAGCAGGAGAGACACACUACAGGCUGAAAUAA